CAAAAAGAACUUUUCCCCUUCCUUUAUAUUCUUGCCCGACUGCCCUCCUCCACUCCCUAGAGAGAGAGAGAGAGAGAGAAUAAAGAAAAAGAGAAAACCCCGCUAUCGUGCGCCCUCUACUCGUACCACUCCACUCCCUUCCCUUCCCUUCAUCACCCGAGACAGCGAUGGGCGGCGACGGCGGAAGAAACGGCGAGGUCCGGCAGUACGAGAUGGCGGAGGCGCAGUACCAGAAGGCCAAGAUAUCUGUGUGGUGGGACAUAGAGAACUGCCAGGUCCCCAAGGGCUGCGAGCCGCACUCGAUCGCACAGAACAUCACCAACGCCCUCGCCAACAUGAACUACCUCGGCCCCGUCUCCGUCUCCGCCUACGGCGACACCGGUGGUAUCCCGGCCUCCGUUCAGCAAGCCCUCAACAGCACUGGCAUCGCCCUAAACCACGUCCCUGCAGGUGUUAAAGAUGCAAGUGACAAGAAGAUACUUGUGGAUAUGUUAUUCUGGGCUGUUGACAAUGCUGCUCCUGCUAAUUAUUUAUUAAUUUCUGGAGAUCGAGACUUCUCCAAUGCUCUUCAUCAAUUACGGAUGAGGAAAUACAAUAUUCUCCUAGCACAACCUCUGAAGGCAUCUCAACCUCUCGUUGCUGCAGCAAAGAGCGUAUGGCUCUGGACAAGUCUUGUGGUCGGAGGACCACCCGUGCCAAAUGUUGAAUCAUCACAAUUUGUUUUCGGUGGCUCUAGCUAUUUACCCAACUCUGAUUCAUUACAUGUUCCAGUUUCUGAGCAUAUGCAGAUGAACCAACAAGCGCCAUCCUUCUCUGAAAGUCCUCAGAAGUUCUCAAACGUAGGGAAGGGACCCGAUCCUAAACACAAAGGAAAUCUACCUCGUAAAACCAUGAGUCAACCAAAUAUUUCCAGAAGUUCGAGUUUGCAAAUAGGGGUUCAAGGAGAUCAGAAUAACAUGAACACCCGCGAUCAGAAUAACACAAACACCCGCCAACCUGGAUAUAUGCAUGCUAAGCAAUUCAAUGACCCCAAUGAAUCAUCUAGUGCUUAUAAUCAGAGAGUUCCCUUCAGUGGGCCCCCCUCGAAUUUCACUCCAGGAAAUGCCGACCUUUCCUGGACCAACGGCAAUAAUCUUCAGAGCUCUUACCACCAAAACCACUAUUUGCAGCCAGUUAGGCCAAAUAACCUCCCUUUGCAACCUCCUUUUGCACCUCCCUUUGCAACCAGCAUUUACAACCCUUCUACUUCUCAACCACGAAACGGAGUAGAAAUGAAACAAAGUUAUGUAUUUGAAUCUCCAAACCAUGUAAAUUCCAACAGUCCGCAAAAAGGACACACUGUCCACAAUGCACCGCCUGUUUACCAUGACACGUCAAGCAAUAGGCGCCCCAAUGGUCCCGAAUUUCUUCCUUCAUCUUCCGCAGCAAUGGGGCCCAGUAACAUCUCUGCAAAUGGUCUAUGGGGGAGUCCUGGAUGCCCCAAACCUUCUGAAUAUGUUCAAGGCCUGAUUGGGGUAGUUUUACUCGCCUUGAACACUCUGAAAACAGAAAAGAUUAUGCCGACUGAAGCAAAUAUAGUUGAUUGCAUACGUUUUGGAGAUGCCAAGCACCGCAAUACUGAUAUUAAGAAAGCCCUUGAGAGUGCGGUUGAGCAGCAGCUAGUUGUAAAGCAGAAUUUAAAUUUCUCUUUGCAAUUAUAUGUGGGUAAGAAUGAGAAGCUAUGGAAGUGUGUGAACCCCAUUGGGGGCAAUCCUAACCAGUACCCUAAUACAACAUGGGAUGAAAUCCGGAAAUUUUUAUUAUCCUCCAAGGGAAGAUCUACCAUAAUGGCUUCUCAAUGCAGGUAUGAAGCUGCUACUAUUUUGAAGAAGAUGUGCUUAAAAGAGCUUGCAUUGGGUGAGGUACUCCAGAUUUUACACCUGGUGAUCAACGUAAAGAAGUGGAUGACUCCUAACCAGUCUGGAUGGAAGCCAGUUAACAUCAGCAUUCGAGAGACCAGCCCUGGUCCAUAAACUCAACAAGAACUAGUAUUGAUUGGGGAAGGGGUCCGAUUUAUAUUAUAUAGUUUGUGGCAUAGAUGCUGGUUGGUUGGAACUAGGGAUAGGUUAUGUUUAGGAGGCUCUCUUUCCCAAGAGCUAUCGGUUACGUAGUUGCAAGGUAAUUUAAGGCAAGUUUAGUAGGUACAUAGGAUGAUUCUGCUGCUUCCAGUUAUAGGUCCAAUCUUAAGGCUAAUUGGAAAAUUUGCUUGGCUAAAGUCUGGUGUGUGGAAAGAGGUCCUUGUGGACUUUGCCAUAGGGCUGCUAGACAUUUGCUACCAUGGCAUUCUGCACAGGAUUGGUACGUAUGUAUUACGUCGUUCAUAAGGUAUUUUAAGUUUUCAGAAAGUUGCUGAAUCAAAAUACGGGGAUAGCAACGCUAGGUUGCUUCAUACCCAAAGUCUUUGAAGAAACAUGGAGGGAGAAGUUUAAGCUUUAUAAUUCUCCUGCAUAGAACCUCAAACUAUCUUUCCCAGUUUAGGCUUGAGCAACUUAUGUCCCGUGUUCAUGGAGUUAGCAGUGUGUUUUUUUUCCCACGGGAGUUAGCAGUGUUAAGUGGUUUAAAAUUGCAGAAAAAUGCAAUAUGAUGGCGGAAAAUAGUUUUCGAUGGUGAUUUAAUCAAGAUGGAGGAUGAGAUCUAUGAAGUGAACAGAGAAAUGUAAGACGCUAGUUACACAGCCGAUGAAAAAGUUACUGCAGUGGAUCAAGCUACUUUUUGCUUCUAAAGUUGGUGGUAUUUUAAGGUGGAAACCAAUUAGUCACCUGCUAUGUGUAUCACAUUACCAAGGUAGUACAAGUACAAUGCAUGCUGCUGUACCUUGGAGUGUGGUGGUCCUGUAAUUCAACGUGGUUGCAGUUUAUGGAGCUGUAAAAUCUAGCUAAGAUUUCUGUUGGGGGUUACAAAGACAGUUUAUUCUACUGCAGUGUUUGGUUGAUGUCUUUAUCUUAUAUAAUAUGUGUUGCCCUUUUAUUUUGGUUUAGUUUCCCGUGUUUCUGUUUUUCUGUAGAUACCUGGAUGUCUAUGAGUGAUGACUUAAUUAUGCUCUUGCUGAGCAGACUUGUUGAAUAAAGUUUGUGGAUGUCAUUUUCUUGUCU